ACAUUCAGUUGGCUGCGAGUCCUUGCGCCGUUCGAAUCGCAGGCGAAUCAGCGGCACCACCCAUCGUCCAACACACAACCACCACCCACCACCCACCGCCCACCUGCGUCUCGGGCCGCAAGGUUGGCAAAAUACAAUUAUUCGAGCGCGAGUCAGCAGCGGUGACUGAUUUUUUGAAUUGAAUCGAAUUGAAUUAAAGUGAAUACAAAGUUGCAAGUCGCAUGAGUCCUUCGUGUGACGAGUUCUUCGCAAAAAGGAUAUUUAUUUGCCAAGUCAGCCUGCGUGUGUGUGUGUGUGUGUCAUUUGUGUGUUUGUCGUGUCGGGUCAGUUGAGCGUUCAAGGACUCUGCUGCAGCAACUACAAAAUAGCUUGAAAAAACCAGUGCCAGAAACAACAAUAUGUGUGCAAUAAAUGCGAGAAACGUGACAGUAACGUGCCAAUAGGCAAAAGGCAUUGAAAAGCUGAAAGGAACACCACAUUUCGUGGCGAACGAGAAUCCGAGAAAAUAUAUUGCAGUUAACGCAACUUACAUUUCCCGUCGUCGGCAUGCAUUUCUGGAUUGACAAGCGCUCACAGCAGUGUGGAUUUGGACGGUCUCGCGUGGCAGCAUCCUUGUCGCACGCUGGCAGCGGUCUCAGCUAUGGACAUCCGCCACGAAGGACCAAGUCCACCAGCUGCAGCAACAGCACCGGCCAGUCAAUGCCACCGGUGCAUCGAUCUCUGCCGCAGACGCCGUACGAUAUGCACCAGCCCGGCACCAGUCGCCAGUCACAGUCGUCAUAUGGCAACAACAAUUCCCUGCACGCGCAGCAGCAGCAACAUUCCAGCAGCGGUGGCACCAGCAACAACAAUAACUUGACUGCCACCGGCACAACGACAACUGCCAGCAACAAUAACCAUGCCAGCGGAAUAACUUCCUCGGCAGCAGUCCUCACCGGAAGUGGAACCAUCGUUCCGCUGGUGGCACGAGGAUCGCACUACAAUCACCACGGCAACGCGCGCUAUCAGCCAAGGACGCAGCAGCAACUGUUGCACCAGCAGCAGCAGCAACAGCCACACCAGCACCAACAGCAGCAGCAUCAGCAGCAGCAGCACUACAGCUACCACCAUCCGCAAUUCGGCAACAUGGCUGUGCCCAUGAGACACUACGAUGCACAUCAGCAGCAGCAGCAACAGCAGCAAUACUCGGGCAACGUCUAUGCUGAUGAUGCCUACAGCGCCUAUCACCACACCGCCCAUCACCAGCACAGCAGCAAUCACUCGACCAGCGGCAGCAACAACCAGCGGCAAGCUACAGCCUACGCCACGCCGCGUCGCCACAAUUCCAGCAGCAACAUGCGACACUUGACGCCAGCAGCAGCGGCAACAUCAUCCACAACCACUGAGACAGCAAGUGUCGCCAGUCCAGCGGCAGCGGUAGCUGCUGCACCUGCCACAAUGCACAGCAACCAGUUGCAGCAGCACCAUCAUGCACUGCUGCAGCACGCGGACUCGCAACUGUUGCCCAGCCACCUGAAGUGCGGCAUGUGCGCCUCGCUGGUACUGGCCUCCGUUUUUGUGGCAGGAACAAAGUUCUACUUCGACCACCAGGGCACUGGGCUGGAGGUGCUGAUCUUCUGCACCUUCUCGGCCUUCUUUCUGGCCGCCUGCCUGAUCAGCCUGUGCCGCAUCCCGAAAGGCCUCUUCUCGAGUUCCAGUCGCUCGAAUGGCCGAGCAGCGGUUUGCCAUAGCCGCGGUGUCAACUCCUCGUUGGCGGGAACCGGAGCCGCACAGUCCGCCGGCUGCCUGCUGGAGAUGAGCGAGGGACGAUAUCUGGAGGAGCGGCAGGUGACAACAGUGGGCGGGACGGCGGCUACAGCCGGUCCGCCACCCUACCAUAUAGCCAUACUGCUGCCGGAACAGACGCCGGCGACAAUGGGUAAACAACUGCCGUUGGAUGAAUCGCCGCCGCCGUCGUACGACAAGAUUCUCGUAUAGGCUGUCGAGGAAUUGAGCCUCAGUUGGAGUUCGCGAGCCCUGAUCCUUGACAACCCCUUAAUGCACAAUGCCAAGUACUUUUGCUCAGUAUUUUUCUAGAAAGCGAUAUCACAGUUUAUAUGAACAUUUACACGGCAUAGAUAUACAUUAAUAUAAUAUAUAUACAUACAUAUAUCAAAUAAACAUAUACGCAUACACAAAUAUUUACUUUUAAGCUCCGAACAAUAUUUUUACACUUUCUAUGACUCGUACUUGAACCCAAAACUCUUCCACACCAGACCCGAACAUGUCAUAUUCUACUGUCAUUUUUGUUCUGUGAUAUGCUCAAGAAAUCAAGAAAACAUAAGCUAUAGUAUGUUAAACCAUUAGCUACCGAACACGACAAGCCAAUGCAACGAGAAAAAGAUGUAGUAAUAGCUUAUACAGUCAUUAAAGAAUUCAAGCAGCAGUAUUAGUAGGCAGUUAAGUAAUAAAUUAACCAAUCAAAGGCCCAGUCAUCAUACAAAAAACGGAAAGAGAGUGCAAUAUACUAAGUAAAAUAUGACAUAUAUUAAAUAAAGUAUCGUAAAUGUAA